CAAUCUGAACUCUUUCAGAAAGCAAAGAACCUUUCAUGCAAAGGGUUCUUUGAGUGUUCAUGGUUCUAUAUACAACUAUUUUCUUCAUAGAAGAACCCUUGAAGAACCAUCUUUUUAAAGUGUAGUACAUCAAACUGUUAUUUGAAGAAUGAGUGAUAAAUUCAUUAGUCUAUGAAAUUAGCUUGUGUGUGUCAUGAUAUUGAAUCAUUACUAUAUUCAGUUGCAAGCUGCAAGCAGGUGCAGGGAUGUGUACAACUUGUACUUCAUUUGUUAUGCUGCGUUUUCUUGUUGUGAAGGACCACCCAUUUAUAUUUUUAUUUUGUGUUUCUGUGGUGUAAAAUCUAAUAAUUCUAUAUAAAUGCCAACACAGCAGACAUUUUCCAUUUCAGCCCCUGCUUGACUUGAUGGGUAUGUAGUACUGUUGCAUUUAAUAGCAAAACUAGUCAGACUGUUUUAGGAUUAUAUGGCAAAAAAUUCUGUUUUUGUGAGUGAGUAAAAAUUUGCAUGUUACAAAACCAAAAGUUCAGCAGUCACUUGACACAUGUUCCUAUUUCAUAAUGUAGUUACAUAUAAAUGGAUGUUACAUUAAGGAAUAUGAAUGGGAAAAAAAGAAGAACUGCAAGAUCUAAAACCACCAGGUGGCAGUAGAGAUACACAACUGCAGUUCAGUUUAUUAUGACACUCAAACUUCUUUGGUAGAUGUAAAUGAAAUUUAACACUUAAAAAAGUACAAAGUAAAGUUUGAGUCGUGUACUGCUGUACUUUCAUUCUCUCUCUCUCUCUCUCUCUCUCUCUCUCUCUCUCUCUCUCUCUCGUCUCCCACAAGCAGCAACAGUGAUUUAAAGGUUCAGAGGAAUUGGGACUUGUUACAACAUCGUAGUUUAUUUAGCUGGCCAUGACUGUGGGCUGCGGUGUGAAGGAAAUUUCAAAUGUACAGAAUUUUAACCAAAAUGUAGUCAAUCCACCAAGACACGUUUGCUCUGAAGUUUGCUUGUUUGCUUUUGCACUGGUGCUACGAGGGUAAUAGCUAACAAGAAAUAGAAGCUUGUACUCUAACCUAUUAGCAUCAUGCUUACUGCAUGCCUGGAUCACCACACACUUUAAAAAGGAAGGCAUAGGCGUAAACCCAUACAAUUUAUCUGUACAAAACACAGGUUUGUUGCAGUUUUGGAGGUAUACAACAGUAUAAGGCUGGGAUACUGAACUCUAGACACCUUUUCAAUUCUUUUUUUAACUUGGCCUCACUGACAUCAACUCACCCCUCGGAUGUGCGUCACACCUAUGUUAGACAAGUGGCCACUCAUGACAGAAGGGGAGGAGGGGACAGUGAGGAGCGGAUUAUUCAAACAGCACCCACUCUCCCUCAGCAGGUUAGCCUAAUCAGCUAGCCAUACAAACUUUGCAAUGCAAAACGUUUUUUUUGAGAAAUUUGAGCAUAAUGUGUGUGAGUAAUUGCUUUGUCUGGUUAUAAACGUGCAGUACAACUAUGUUGUAAUGCUUUUCUGUUUGUUAUUGCUAACCAUUUAGCUGGCUAAUGAGCCAGCUAGCAGAGGAAAGUGAUGAAGUUCUAUCAGCAGUCAUGUAUCACAGAUGAAGUUCAGUAAAUCGAAUGUUAUGAUUUUGAAAUGUUAAGCAUUUAAAAAAAAAAGUAAUUUACUUUUUCCACCAUUAUUUUGGGGGUUGCAAAGGAAAAUAUAUAACAUUGCAAUGUUUUCUGGGCAAGUUCUACUGCUGAAGUCGACACGUGCUCAUUUGACUCCUUGCCCCUCCAAGGGCUUAUUGAACGUCCUUCACUUGAGCAGAUAAAGAAAUGUAACAGCCCUUAAGAUGGUGCCAGGAUUCCCCUAGUGGAAAUGACGAGGCUACGAGUGAAGGGUCUCUAGAGGUUUACACCUAUGAGGACACUCCAAGGCAUGGCUACUACAGUAUGUCACUGUAUGACAUACUGUUAUCCAUGUCUGUUUUCAUAGAUAACAGUAUGUCAUACAGUGUCAGAAACCACAUAAGUCUAUUUGAAAUCACAUAACAACAUUGUUCUGGCAAUUGUGAUGAUUUUAGGCAUGUCAUUUUUAUUAUAUUGCUAAUUGCUGAGAUAUAAGCUUCCAUUACUUGUUUGCUACAUUAGCCGUGUAGCUUGUGUGUAAAACUAACACACAAACUUUAGAUACCAAACAUGUCUUUGCUGGCUACAUUUUGGGUAAUUUUUUUUUUUUGCUGAAGUUUUACUUUAAUAACCUUCAGCAUGGCACCAGAUAAAGAGAAGGACUCUUCAAUAACUUCUUCUUUUACAGUGGUUCUUCUGGCAGGUUCUCGUAGGCUCCUCCAGCCUGAUCUGAGGACAGUUUCAUCAGUUCUGAAAUGCUGAUGGCCUGUUAGAUGUACAGAGUAGCAUUCUCAAAGUUCUGCUAAACUCUGAGUCAUCCUGUGUUCUUCAAGAAGUGCAAAGCAGGCAAAAUUGUGGGGAGUAAGAAUAGAACUGUGCAUCAUGCUGCAAAGACAAAGACUUUGGGGAAUAAAUUUAAGACACCGAAAACAAACAGGGAAGGUACAGAAGUUCACACAGUGAAUAUGUUAGAACAGAUUUUUGAAAACCUCAUUUAAUACAUGUAACUUAUACAUUUCUCAAGACCCCUUAUGACAAAGAACUAUGGUAUUACUGUGGAAAUUUCAUUUGGAUUUUCUAGGAAUUGAAGAUGAAUUUUGAAAGAACUACUACUGCUGAAUUUUUCAGUAACUGUUAUACAUUCUUGCUAUGAAUUAUUCAAUAACUACUGUGAAUUAUUUAGUAAUUACUAUGAACUACUCUAAUUACUAUGGCUUAUUCUGUAACUAUUUUAGAUUGUUCAGUAACCACUACAGAUUAUUCAGUAAUUACCAUUACAUACUCAGUAAUUAUUGUUGAUUAUACUGUAAAAAUUAUAGAUUGUUCAGUAACCACUACAGAUUAUUCAGUAUGUACUCUGAAUUAUUCAGUAACUACUAUGAAAUAUUUAAUAUUUACUAUUAUUUACUCAGUAACUACUGUACAUUAAUUAGGUACUAAUAUGAAGCACUCAGGAACUGUUAUGAGUAACUCAGUAACCACUAUUCAUGUAAUAAAGUAACUAUUAUAGACUAUUAUAGUACUAUGAAUUAUUCAGUAAUUAAUGUGACAUUUUCAGUAACCACUACAGAUUAUCCAGUAAGUACUAAUAUUCGGUAAUUAAUAUGAAAGUUUCAGUAUUUGCUAUGAAAUACUCAGUAACCACUAUGAAUUACUCAGUAAGUACUAUGGAUUAUUCAGUAACCACUAUGAAUUACUCAGUAAAUACUAUGGUUUAUUCAGUAACCACUAUGAAUUACUCAGUAAAUACUAUGGUUUAUUCAGUAACCACUAUGAAUUACUCAGUAAAUACUAUGGUUUAUUCAGUAACCACUAUGAAUUACUCAGUAAAUAUUGUGGAUUUUUUCAGUAAUCACUAUGAAUUACUCAGUAAGUACCAUGAAUUAUUCAGUAACCACUAUGAAAUGCUCAGUAAGAACAAUAUUAUUCAACAACCACUAUGAGUUACUCAGUAAAUUCUAUGGAUUAUUCAGUAACCAAUAUGGAUUUUUCAGUAACCACAAUGAAUUAUUCAGGAAGUACUAUGGCUUUUUCAGUGCCUACUAUCAAUCACUCAGUAAGAAGUAUAAACUAUUCAGUAUCCACUAUCAAUUUCUCACUAUGCCACUAUGAACUUUUCAGUAACUACUAUGAAGUAUUCAGUAACAACUGAACUAGCAGAACUAAUAGAAAUUAAAGGGUUAAUUCAGAACUGAAAGCUUUUUCUCAGGAUGGCUUUAGUGAUCAACCCAGAAGUGAUCAACCCACUGCUGCGACUGUCGGCCGCCAUAAAUGACGAGGAUGACGAAGACGAUGAUGAUUGUGUGUGGCGCUUUUGACCUGUGCCGUGGGUUUGGAUUCCUCAAGUAGACCCCUCCUCCUCAGCCCACUGCUCAGAUGGAAAUUGAGGGCUAUAUUUGGACAGGAGUGAUGUCACAAGUGGUUGAGGGAGAAGCCUAUAACAGGGAGGCUGGUGUAUGUGUGUGAGAAAAACAGUGACCACGCCAGUACCUCCUGCUGCCGCUCACCACUGGACCCAAACUACUGCAGAUCUGUGCUGCCAUGUAUCAUCUGAAAGUGCCUAUCCUGCUUCUGCUGCUCCUUGUGCUGGUGCAAUGUGUGACAACGGCACCCAAUAACAGGUACUCCAUCUCCUCCGCUGAGCAGGUGGAAGAGGCUGAGGGCUGGAUGCCUCCAGGUUUGUCAUCGAGCCCCUUCCUGGAAUUUUUGGGGUCGCGGCCGCAGAGAGCCCUCGACAGCCAGCAGCACCACAUAGAAAAGAGAAGGUGCAACACAGCCACUUGUAUGACUCAGAGACUGGCAGACUUCCUCGUCCGCUCCAGUAACACUAUCGGCACCGUCUACAUCCCCACUAACGUGGGCUCCAGCGCCUACGGAAAAAGAGACGUGUUCCAAUCUCCAAACUUAAUGCCCCUUUAGUGCGCACUACCCACGCUGUCCUCUCUGAUGCAUAUGUAUAUAGAGCAACACAGAGCACAUGUAACAUACCUGACAACAGUGAUGAUCAGAAUGUUUCUUUUUUCCUUUAUACAGUUUGAGUCGGUGUCUUUUGGUAUGAAACACAUUCACACAACAGCAUUGUGUACAGUGUGCACUGCAAAGGAGAUGAACCCAGUGGAGAGACCAAUAGUGUGUUCUUACAAAAAAGUCAUUGGAAAGAAAAGGAAGAUGUUGUUUUCGUUUGAUUUUAUAAUAAAAUAUAUAAUGAAAGUCCAGUUCUUUGUGGGAUGUUAUUGAACACACCUUGCUGUAAACAUUGUGUCUCAACAUGAAAUGAACUAAGCAAUGAAAGGAAACGAAUAUUUCAGAACAAAUAAACCUGAAUCAUGA